GGUCCGCAGCUCCGGUUUGUAGACGGAGCCGUGUUAUUGGUUGGCAGCCGGGUGGACGGGGCGCAGACAGCGCGAAGCGCCGGAGAAGAAGGACCGGGAGAUCGGCCGACGUAUGGAGAACCGGACCGAGCUGCUGCUGCCGCUGGCCGGCCUGACCGCCGUCACCGGGGCUACCGGGCUGAUCCUGUACCGGCUCCUCCGGAGGAAACCUCCGACACACGUGAAGGUGAACUGCUGGUUCUGCAGCCAGAACACUGUGGUCCCCUAUGGCAACCGAAACUGCUGGGACUGCCCCAACUGUGAACAGUACAACGGCUUCCAAGAGAACGGUGACUAUAACAAACCUAUCCCGGCACAGCACAGCGAGCAUCUUAACCAUUUGGUGUCUGGUGGGAACACGAUUGUAGAAUCGACGAAGCCGCAGCAAUGGGUGAACUGUGGGACGCUGCUGUGUAAGAAAUGUAACAACAACCAGAGCACCAAAAUAAAGCAGCUGGCGUCAUUUUCGCCCAGAGAGGAGGAGCGAUACGAAGAGGAGAUCGAGGUCUAUAAACACCACCUGGAGCAGAUGUACAAGCUCUGCCGGCCAUGCCAGACCGCCAUAGACAGUUAUAUCAAGUACCAAAACCGACAGCUGAGGGCCAUCAUGCUGAACCAGCAAUUCAAGCGACGGGAGCUGGAUAAAGGUUAUACACAGAGCUCUUUGAAUUCCGCCUUUAUUCGGAUCCCUACCAAGGUGAUUCUCCUCCGCUGUCUUGCAUUCCUGAGUUGCGCGUUCCUGGUGUCCGUGGCACAGUUGGGGACGGGGGACCUCUUCUCUCUCUCUAUUAGGAACGUUACAAAUCUAACAGCUGAGCCCAGGAACGAGUCUCAGACGGAGGACGCCGAGAAGCCGUCGCUAAUUGAGAAGGUCAUUGGCGUUCUGCCAGAGCGUACACUGGAAAACCUCAACGAGGCUUGGCACUUCGGACGCAACAAUCAGAUCGGCUUGGCGUUUCUCGGUCUCGUGACUUGUGUCUUCGCCAUGUUCCUUGCGGGACGUUUUAGGAUGCGACUCGUUGAUGCCUUUGCCUCGUUCCUCUGGGUCCUAGUGACAGGACUCUAUCUUUCGGAGAUAUACCUUUUGAAGGAUUCUCCCAGCUGGAUGGAUACAGUGAAGCUCAGCACCACCACCUUGUGUUGCCUGGUCGGUCUCACCUCUGCGAUGGCAACAAAGAAAGCCAUUAGUCAACGGAGACAGCGCCCUCGAAGAUAUCUCUCCGGGGACUCUGUAUCUUCGUACGGACACAUGAACAGCAGUAUAGUUCUUCCAGACCAGCCCACUCCAUUGCUAUCCACCCCGCCGGGUCUCCUGCACCUGCUGAGCCAUCCGGCCUAUCGCGCUGAACGCAAGGCUUCACCCUCUUCUCUGCCCGGACGUCUGAACAGAGCCCUGUCUCUUGGCACCAUCCCUUCCCUGGCACGGGCAGAUUCUGGAUACCUCUUCAGUGGUAGCCGCCCGGCUUCUCGGUCUUCGGUGCUUAAGGAGUCUCCAGGAUCAGAUUACUUUUCCCUGCUGUCUGGAAGCUGCGCAGCUUCGCCUCUGCCAUCUCCCACCCCCUCCGUGGCCGGCUCUGCCACCUCCAGCUGCGGCUCCUUGCUCCACAGGCGUCCAUUGAUCAGUCCCGCUCGCCUUAACCUGCGAGGACAAAAACUGGGCCUCUCGCUGAACAGGACUCCGACCCGCCCCUGCUAUGACGAGGUGUAUCACCCCGACAGCAGCCUCUACUCCCACGAGAUCACUCCCAAGUUUGCGCAAAGUGCGUUUCUGAUUAUUUGGGACACGAUGAAGCUUAUGGCGGAGGCCGGCAGCGUUUCCAGCAAUCACACGCCUGAGAAGAACUCCUCUCAUUCCUCCUCCUGUCAGGUGGACUCUACCACAGCGUUCCUGGAGUCUCCGUCCAAGUGGAAAAGUGAGUGGCUUCUCCCAUCCGCCGCUCAGUUAUCAAUGGAGCGAGCUAAUGUUGUGGUGGGAUGUCGCUGACCGGCGUCUUCUUGGCUCUGAGCUUCACCAUGAACGUGGUGAUGAUCGUCUUCUUCUACCAAAAACUCCUGUGACCUCACCUGCCGUCCCGGUUUCACCUGGUGCUCCCGACACUGCCUGAUCAUCUGGGCCUUUCUUUGUUUUCCUGGUGUCGCCCAUCACUGGUGCUCUGUGACUCCUGGCCGCAGGGUCAUGACUACUCCAAGACAACCAUUUGUUCUAUCUCACUAGACUCGGGGCGUCCAGCCCUCUCCACCCUAUGUGCAUCCCCCCCCCCCCCCUGCAAGCUGCCAUUGACCGAGGUGGCGGGUGUUCUGGUCUCUUCUGGGUGGAGCAGAUGGAUUUUAUUCACCGCGGUUCGGUGAUCUGUAAAUAACUGUAUUUUGUGUUUUUACGUCUUAUGUCGUUGUCCAAAUACAAGAAAAGAUAUGUUUAAAAAAAUUCGAUUUGUGCAUUCUUUAGUCCUAGAGACAGUUUUUGGUGGGUUUAACUAGCAGCUAUGAUGGCUCCUAUACACUGCACACCAUACACAGAAAGAUACUGUUCCCCUAUACAGUGGUCCCUCAACAUAUGAUGGUAAUCCGUUCCAAAUGG